UGGCCGCCCGUGGUAAUCGUGUCAACCGUCUGAGAGCUUGGUCUCGUUUUCGAGCGCCGUUUGAUGCUACGAAUCCCUACCGCCUCCUGUCCAGCAAGGAUGGGAGGGACUCCGAAGCCGGAUGAGGACUCCAAUUGUUUUUGACAUCAGUUAAGUCGUCUAGGAUGUCCGCGGCCGCUAUCACCCUCAGCCAUGGUGUGGUCCCCAUGAGUCUUGGUACUCUCCCGAAUGGCCCCUAUCUUGCUGGAACACUGAUAGGGGCCUUGGUACGACAACAUGACGCUCAUACCGAUGGCCCGCACAUUCAAUCCCUCCCCUUUCCUUCUGACUCUUCCGCUCCAUCCUUCCAACCGAAUUCUUUGCUAACCAUUCCUCGUCCUCGUGCGCCUGGGUUUCCUCCCGGAGCAUGGCAUUUUUGGAUGGAGAACAGCGCUUUCACUUACGACGGAGUCGGGCGAGCUCAUUGCACGUUACAGCGUUACCAAUCCUUGUAUCCCUCGACUCGAUCUUCCCUGGUGAUACAGCAGACAUGCACCUAUCCAAACCGUAUGCACGACUCAGAUGCGUCCCAUUUCACGACCUCCCACCAAACACACACGAAGACUUUCGGCGUCUAUUCGUCUGGUACGGGGAGAAUCCCAUUGCUCUGGAUGGGACACAUAAGCGAGAGGCACCAAUAUAGUUUAACGGCAGAACAGAGUCUACUAUCUCUGUACGGUAUCUCACUUCAGGGUGGGUUGCGUCACCCAUACGGAGCCUUGUGUGGCGAUCGAGUGCCGUUUUAUGCUAAAGUCACGAAUCUCUAUCACCUCCGGUCCAGCAAAGGACGGGACUCGACUUCUGCUCAAAGCCGGAUGACGGUUCCGAUUGCCGUCGAAAUUAGCAAGAGUCAUAUAUCGUCCUCCAACUUGUACAUCGCUGCGCUUGAACAUUAAUGAUAGCGAGCAAACGCUAGUGAAGGGGAACAGCAUCCUCUAGCUCUCAAGUUAAACAACGAAGCAGCACCACCCCGAAUAAGGAUCUGGACGCAAUAGCAUAGCUCGCAUAUGGUACUGGGGCCUGGUUAGGAACUUUGGGUCCCUCGGCCAUCCACGGCCAUAGGACUUGGAAAGUACCGCAUCCCGUCUGAUCUGCAA